AUGGCUCGAGUUUUAACAAUUAGUGAUACUGCUUCAAAAGAUAAAUUAAAAGAUUUAAGUGGUCCCACUAUUAUUGAGUUAUUAUCAACAUCAACAUCCUCAAUAUCAGAAAAAUAUAAAAACCAAUUUAACAUUGCCAACAAAGAAGUUGUACCAGAUGAUUUUACUGAAAUACAAAAGGUGGUAAUUCAAUGGUGUGAUAAGGAGAAACUUGAUGUUGUGCUGACGACAGGUGGUACAGGAUUUGGUGUCAGAGAUAUUACACCAGAAGCUAUACAACCUUUAUUAAAUAAAACAUCACCUGGGAUAACUCAUUUAUUGAUCUCAUCAUCACUUCAGAAAACACCAUUUGCAGCCUUAAGUAGACCAAUUAGUGGUAUACGUGGUGAGACAAUUGUCAUAACAUUACCUGGUAGUCCUAAAGCUGUAAAAGAAAAUUUGGAAGCCAUUAUAAACAUCUUACCUCAUGCAAUUGAUUUAGUUAAAGGUGGCACUGGUGAAAAUGUUCAUACAAAAUUAACUGGUAAUAGUGGUGGUGGUCAUGAUUGUUCACAUAAUCAUAAUUAUGAUGAUAAACAGAAAACAAUUAAACCUGAUUUACUUUCAUGCCCUGUCACAAAACGUCAACGCAAAUCACCAUACCCAAUGAUUUCAGUUGAAGAAGCAUUGAAAAUCAUUGAAAAUGAUGUUCAAGAACUAUCAAAAGUUGUUAUAACUGUUCCUGUCAAUGAAAAUUUGAUUGGUUAUGUUUUUGCAGAAGAUGUUUUGGCAAAUGAAAAUGUUCCAGGGUAUCGUGCUUCAACUGUCGAUGGAUAUGCUGUUAUUACAAGUGAUGGACCAGGAAUUUAUCCUGUUGUGGGAACUUCUAUUGCUAGUGGUAUUGGAUCAGAAAAAUUGAUGAUAAAAUCAGGUCAAAUUGCUAGAAUCACAACUGGAGGACCUGUUCCUAAUGGUGCUAAUGCUGUUGUUAUGGUUGAAGAUACUUCUCUUGUUAAAGCAUCCGAAGAUAAUCUGACUGAACAAUCUGUGGAGAUCCAUGUUCAAGUAAAUGAAAUGGAAAAUAUUAGAGAGAUUGGAUCAGACACCAGUAUUGGUAUGAUUGUUGCUAGAAAAGGUGAAUUGGUGUCAGCUGUAGGUGGUGAGAUAGGUGUUUUGGCAUCAGUAGGAGUUAAAGAAGUAAAAGUUUAUAAAAAAAUGGUGUUUGGAAUAUUGUCCACUGGUAAUGAAGUGAUUGAUUAUAAGGACACAAAUGAACUAAAAUAUGGGCAAAUACGUGAUAGUAAUCGACCUACACUUUUGUCAAUUGCAAAAGCUAUUGGAUUUGAAGUUUUUGAUUUUGGGAUUGCUGUAACUGUAAUUGUUGUUGUAAUUGUGGCUGAUUUUGUUGUAUUUUUAUUUGCAUCUGUGGAACUUGUGUAUGUGUGA